AUGACCAUGAGGUUUGAGAUGACGGGCCACCGCGGAGCUGUCAACUUCGUUGCUGCGUACGCCCCAACCGAGGUCGCCGGCGACGACAUCAAGCCAGAGUUCUGGGGAAAACUUGGCAGUCUCGUGCGGAGGAUUUCCUCCAAAGAAUGCAUGUAUAUCCUGAUGGAUGCCAAUGCUCGGAUGAGAGAAAGGAUGGAAAAGGAGGACGAUGGCGUCAUGCGGAUGCACGGGUGUGAUGAGCUAAACGAGAAUGGCCGACUACUGCUGACCUUUGCAGCGGAAAACAACCUAGCACUCGCGAACACGUUCUUCGAGACACGCAAGGGCGGAAUAUGGCACACAUACAACGGUGCGUCAGGGACCGACCGCUGGCGCCCCGACUUCAUUCUAACGCGGCAGGCACACCGCGGCCGAGUUUCUAGCAUGGUUGUCAUCCCCCAGCCGGUAUCCCCAGUCAAGGCGGACCCAGACCACAAUAUGGUACUAGCCACCGUCAAAACAGUCAAGGCGGACCCACACCACAACAUGGUGAUAACCACCGUCAACCUCGGUGGCAGGCUUGCCCACAGCCGAGCAGUCCGGACCAAACCGAAACAGCGGCAGUUCGACCGACGGGUUCUGCAGGUCGAAGCAACGCGAUGGGCGGUGACUACGCGGUUCCUCCUCAACCUUGGCCAACGGCAGGACGAACGAGCGACCACCACCCCGGAGAAGGCGACCGAGUUCACCAAUGCUCGCCUCGAAGUGGCGAGGGCGAUACUACCCGAGGAACCGCGGAGACGACGCUCGCGGGAACGGUGUGAGACCCCUGAGACAAGAGCAGCAUUGGAGGAGGCCCUCACCAAACGGCGGGAAGCGCGCCAAUCGAUGAAGGACAAGUUGAACACAACAUCGUGGAGGGCCCUCACGGCAGCGUGUGAGGGAGUGGCCGCAGCAGUCCAAACGGGCAAAUAUGCCCACCUGGACAGAUAUGUGACGGACCUCGAAGCGAUCUACAAGGACCACGAUAUGAAAGGCCUCUACCAACGCCUCAAGAGAUCAGUGGGGCUCAGUGGGAGACAAGCGGGAGGACAGCAGUCCGUUGUGGACGAGAAUGGCGUGCUGCUUCGGAGAAAGAACGACAUCCUCAAGCGAUGGGCGAGAUUCUUCGGCACCCUACUCAACACUAAGUCCCCCACCCUGAACCCAGACGUAAUCGAACAAGUGACGCACCGACCGGCGACACGUGCCACUCGACGGUUGGGAGAGGUGCCAGACCUAGAGGAAGUGGAACGGGCAACGAAAGGACUGCAGAACUGGAAGGCACCCGGCAAUGACUCCCUCCCUGCCGAGUUGCUCAAGAUCGACGACCACGACGAGGAACCCAUCGUCCUGAAGCACCUCCAUGCGCCAUCCUCGUUGAGGGGGAUCUCGCUCCUAUCUCACGUAGGCAAGGUCCCCGUGAAGAUCAUCACCAACAGCCAAAGCGCCUUCUACGGAACCAACAACAUCCUCCCGGAGGAACAAUGCGGGUUCCGACCUGGGCGAUCCACCAUCGACAUACUGUUGGUCGUGCGCCGACUCCAGGAGUUGGGGCGGAGAAGGAAAAUACCGCUCUACAUGUGCUUCGUCGACCUCAAGAAGGAGUAUGAUUCGGCGGACCGAGAGUUGCUGUGGAAGGUGCUGGCCAGGGCCGGGAUUCCUGAGGAGAUGAUCGCCGUCAUCCGCCAAUUCCACGAUGGAAUGACUGGCGAGAAUGAUGACCGUCAUCGUGGAGGUGUUCGGGAAGAGGUGUUCGGGGAACUCGGGCUGACGGUAUCCGAAAAGAAGACGGAGACGCUUCUGAUGCGCGCAAAGGAGAAGCAGACAACAACAACAACACCGCCCCCCCCACCGCCACCGCUGAUCGUCGAGGCAGCAGGGCAGAGGUACGCCCACACGACUGAACUCCGGUACCUAGGUGGCCUCGUCAACGAACAUGGCGACCUCACCCGGGAGAUCAAUUACCGGAACAAAGCAGCGUGGGCAUGCGUCCGGAGAUAUGGCCAGGAGCUCUUCGACAGGCCAAGAGCACCGUUCCGACUCAAGACUCGCCUGCUCCAGGCCGAGGCGAUGGAAGCACUGCUGUACGGCUGCAUGACAUGGGCCCCACGUCAAGACCAAUACCGGACGUUGCGGACGAUACACCACCGACUACUCCUGCGAGUUGUCGGUUACCAACGCAUGAAGUGCACCUACCGGCAGCUUUCCUAUGCCCAGACCCUGAAGAGGGUAGGGUGCCAGAGCGUGGAAAGCACUAUUCGGCAACGGCGCCUGCUGUUCGCGGGAGCGCUGGCAAGGCAGCCAGACGGACGACUCCCGAAACGGCUGAUGCUUGGCGAGCUGGUUGGGGGGGAGGGCUCAGGCAGGGGGAAACCGGAGCAAAACUGGCAGAUGUGCCUGAAGGACGACCUCAAGAUGUUCGAAGCAGAGCACGGAUCUACGGACGCCGAGCCAUGCUUCUUCGGAGUCCUGGAAACAACUUGGGUGGAAAAAGCGAAGGUGGACCGGGGGGUAUCGUGGCAUACAGGGGUACUGCAGGGAGCUCAGAGGUGCUUGGCCUCCUGGCACAAGAAGGAACAGGAGGCUAGCCGACAACGAGAGCUCAAACGGAACAAGAAGCCCGGCAACAACACGGACGCGGCAUCAACCACGCGGGCGGGAGGGGUGCAGAAGGCGGACGAGACGGCGAGGAAAGCGAGGAAACGCGAAGAGGCGGACCGAAUGGCGCGAAGCACUGUGCCGAAUUGA